AUGGAUGAUCCAGUUUUUGCUCGAGUCAAAACAGAACCGCUUCCAGACGACCCCAUAGCAUAUACUAAUACUCCAGUUCAGCAAGAAGAGGUGCCUUCAAAGCCACUCUCGACUUUACUCAAGUCCCCCGCUGACGACGCCCAGGCUUCAGAUACAUCCAAGCCGUUUUAUGAAGACGGGAACUGGUAUAUGUACCUUGUGCACGACGGCGGCAUUCUUAAGUUACCAGGGAACAUAGUUGCAGGCACAAGACGGAAGAAUAGACAAAUUCUCGUUUUCCGUCCCCCAAGACAGCCUGUCAAAAAGUACUGCUUGUGCGAGUACUGCAAUAAUCUUGGGCUUACUGGUAGGCUGACUCCCUCCCCUCCCCUCCCCGUUGGUCUCCCUUCCCCGUAG